AUGCGACUUAGACUAAGCCUUCAACUCAAUUACACCAAUCCUACAUCUAUAGCCAUCCCAUCCCUAUCCAAGUCAAAGCACGAACGAGACAGUUUAGAUUCAUUGGGUGAUACUGAAAGACGGUCAUCUAAUAAGAGAGUAGCAAAGUACCAAUCUAAAGAUUGCCUAAGAGUUCAGCAACAGUGUUGUUCCAUGAGGGAAGAAGCCACCAGUAAAAGAGUCAGAGGCGCUGCUAAUAGUCUAAAGAUACAUAUUGUAAUAAGAACCUUUACGGAAAAAAGGCGUAAAGCGAAGACGAUACCAAGGAGCCCCUAUAUACUCAAGACAUACAUCAUUCCACCACAAAAUAGAGAAUUGAGUAAAGCGCAACUUAAAAGGAUAAACAAGGUUCAGAUUCAGAAAAUAUCAGAUAGCACCACCCUAGACAUAUUAACAAAACCCGCAAGACUGCAUAAACGCAUAGCAAACUAUCUAAUGGAUCCAUUACAGAGUAAGCCAAAAUACCUACACAAAUUAAUAGAACUAGGACAUGUCCUCGUGGAGAUUCGAGAAGACUGGAUCCUCGCCAUUUUUGGCCUUCUUGAGGGCAUUCAAGUAUCUCGUCUUCAACCUAUUGACCUUUCUCCUCAGCUGCUCCCUCGAGAACACGACCUUCAGCUUCCCCUCGAUGGAAUCGUGAACGGCCGUCAGGUCGGCGCUCGGGUCCCGGCCCAUGGCGUCCCUGAACGCGAUCAUUCCUUUCAGCAGGGUCACCUC